GACACUACAGUCAUUAGAGGAAGGAGCCAGGAGUGAGCAUUCACCAGCUCGUCAGCACUUGGUAGAGAGCAGCAGGAUGGACGUGGUCGACAGCCUACUUAUGAAUGGGAGCAACAUUACUCCCCCCUGUGAACUCGGCCUGGAAAAUGAGACUCUUUUCUGCCUGGAUCAACUUCAGCCUUCAAAAGAGUGGCAGCCUGCAGUGCAGAUUCUCCUGUACUCCUUCAUAUUCCUCCUCAGCAUGCUGGGGAACACACUGGUCAUCACGGUGCUGAUUCGGAACAAGAGGAUGCGGACCGUCACCAACAUCUUCCUGCUGUCCCUGGCUGUCAGUGACCUCAUGCUCUGUCUCUUCUGCAUGCCAUUCAACCUCAUCCCCAACCUGCUCAAGGAUUUCAUCUUCGGAAGUGCUGUGUGCAAGACCACCACCUACUUCAUGGGCACUUCCGUGAGUGUUUCCACAUUCAACCUGGUCGCCAUCUCUCUGGAGAGAUACGGCGCCAUCUGCAGACCCUUACAGUCCCGAGUCUGGCAAACCAAGUCCCACGCUGUGAAGGUCAUUGCUGCCACCUGGUUCCUCUCCUUCACCAUCAUGACUCCGUACCCCAUUUACAGCAACUUGGUGCCUUUUACUAAAAAUAACAACCAGACGGCAAAUAUGUGCCGCUUCCUGUUGCCAAGCGAUGCUAUGCAGCAGUCUUGGCAAACAUUCCUUCUACUCAUCCUCUUUCUCAUCCCUGGGAUUGUGAUGGUGGUGGCCUAUGGAUUGAUCUCUCUGGAACUCUACCAAGGAAUAAAAUUUGAUGCUAGCCAGAAGAAAUCUGCUAAAGAGAAGAAGCUGAGCGGUGGCGGCAGCAGUCGAUACGAGGACAGUGAUGGAUGUUACUUGCAGAAGUCUAGGCAGCCGAGGAAGCUGGAGCUACAACAGCUGUCCACCAGCAGCAGUGGCAGCAGAGUCAACCGCAUCAGGAGCAGCAGUUCCACUGCCAACUUGAUAGCCAAGAAGCGUGUCAUCCGCAUGCUCAUUGUCAUUGUGGUUCUCUUCUUCCUGUGCUGGAUGCCCAUCUUCACUGCCAAUGCCUGGCGGGCAUACGACACCGUUUCUGCCGAGAAACACCUCUCAGGGACCCCUAUCUCCUUCAUCCUCCUUCUCUCCUACACUUCCUCCUGUGUUAAUCCCAUCAUCUAUUGCUUCAUGAACAAACGAUUUCGCUUGGGCUUCAUGGCCACCUUCCCUUGUUGCACCAAUCCUGCUCCUCCAGGGGUGAGAGGCGAGGUGGGAGAGGAGGAAGAUGGGAGGACCACAGGGGCAUCACUGUCCAGGUAUUCCUACAGCCACAUGAGCACCUCGGCUCCACCUCCCUGAGCUAUAUACCUGGCCCACUGCUGCAGCAAGAAGGAAGAGAACAGGGAGCAAGGAGGAAAU